CCGUUCAGGGAGCAUUUUGUUCAGGACUAGGAAAACGUGCCGUUAUGUGCACGGGCUGUAGCAGUUUGUAGUACCCGUUAAACCGGAUUUUAAACACAGAGCGGUUUUUUGUAGUUGUUUAGUUGUUUUAAAACCCCACCGUGUUGGUACUGUAUCCGCGUUGUUUUGUUUUAUCCUCAAUAACAUCGCGUAAACUUUUGUUUUUAACGGAGCGAAGGAAGGAGAAGAAGAGAAGAAGAGGACUCGCCUGUUGGAUCUCAGACUCGGUCUGGAUUGCAUUUUCAAGAUCACCACCAUCAGCUGCUGCUGCAGGCCAUUUAUUGAUGGGUACAUACUGUGAGGCGACGCACCAAGAAAACUGGAAGUCGUUCAGAAGAGACAGGAACUGUGAAAGAAUGAAGACGAGCUAGAUAUCUCUGUCUCCUGCAGUGCUUUUGUUGUUGUCGGGACAUUUACACCUACAACAACCGUUUGAACUAGCAAAUGUGUACCUGGACUAAACGCAUAAUCAGAGAAACCUGAAAAGUAACUUUGUUGGUUGAACUUCUUCUUCAGAACACCUCACAAAGCGAUCAAUAUGAGCGCAGAGGGGUAUCAGUACAGAUCGCUGUACGACUACAAGAAGGAGAGGGAGGAGGACAUUGAUCUGCAUGUGGGGGAUAUAUUGUUGGUAAGCAAAGGAGCUCUGGUGGCGCUCGGGUACACCGAUGGGCUGGAACAGAGGCCGGAUGAGAUUGGCUGGCUGCCAGGAUUCAACGAAACCACUCAGGAAAAAGGGGACUUCCCCGGGACAUAUGUCGAGUUCAUCGGGAAGAAAUGGAUCUCUCCCCCCACGCCCAAGCCGAGGCCGCUCAGACCCUUACCUGUAGCUCCGGGCGCCUUCAAGGCGGAGACAGACUCCGACUCAGAGCAAGGCUUCUGUCUGCUGGACUUGACGGAGCAGUUUUCCCUCCCGGAGACUUCUCCACCCAUGCUGGCUCGACUGCUGGAGGCGAUUGAGAGGAAAGGGCUGGAUAACCCCACGUUAUAUCGGACGUUUACUGCUGGAGGUGGACUUGAAGUCAGGCAGUAUUUUGAUUGUGAUCCUCCCCCAGCAGACCUGGAUCAGCUGGAGCUCCCCGUCCUGUGCGACGGUCUGCGCAGGUACCUGCAGGAUCUCCCCCAGCCCAUCGUCCCCACUGCAGUAUACGCUCAGAUGGUCCACACCGCCAAAGAGGUGGUGAAUCCUGAGGAAUGCGCCCAGCUGCUACGUCGCGUCGCCAGCACCCCGAGCCUCCCCCCACAGUACUGGCUGACUCUCCACUGUCUGCUGAAGCAUUUCGCCCGAGUGUGCCAAAACUGCUCCAAGAACCUGCUCAGCGCCAGAGCCCUGGGCGAGAUCUUCAGCCCAGUGUUCUUCAGACAACAGGCCACCAGUUGUGAACCCAGCUUGGAUGCUCACAUCAAGAUCAUUGAGGUUCUGGUGGCCAGUGAAUGGAGUGAAACUCAAGCAGCUCCAGCUCUACCUCCAAAGCCACCCAAGCCCACAACUGUGACUAACAACGGUAUGAACAACAACAUGGCUCUACAAGACGCCGAAUGGUACUGGGGAGACAUCUCAAGGGAGGAGGUCAACGAGAAGCUGAGGGACACCGCGGACGGUACGUUUUUGGUGCGAGACGCCUCCACGAAAAUGCACGGAGACUACACUCUGACUCUGAGGAAAGGAGGAAACAACAAGCUCAUUAAGAUAUUCCACCGAGAUGGGAAGUACGGCUUCUCGGACCCGCUGACCUUCAGCUCCGUCGUCGAGCUCAUCAACCACUAUCGCAACGAGUCACUGGCGCAGUACAACCCCAAGCUAGACGUCAAACUGCUGUACCCGGUCUCCAAACACCAGCAGGAUCAGGUGGUGAAAGAAGACAACAUCGAAGCUGUGGGGAGGAAGCUCUGCGAGUACCACCAGCAGUACCAGGAGAAGAACAAAGAGUACGACCGCCUGUACGAAGAAUACACCAGAACGUCGCAAGAAAUCCAAAUGAAAAGGACGGCAAUCGAAGCUUUUAACGAAACUAUAAAGAUAUUCGAGGAGCAGUGUCAAACACAAGAGCGGUACAGCAAGGAGUACAUCGAGAAGUUCAGGAGAGAAGGCAACGACAAGGAGAUCCAGAGGAUCAUGGGCAACUACGAGAAGUUGAAAUCCCGGAUUAGCGAAAUUGUCGACAGCAAACGCCGACUGGAGGAAGACCUGAAGAAGCAGGCGGCGGACUACAGAGAGAUCGACAAGAGGAUGAACAGCAUCAAGCCAGACCUCAUCCAGCUGCGUAAGACCAGAGACCAGUAUCUCAUGUGGUUGACCCAGAAGGGAGUCAGACAGAAGAAGCUCAACGAGUGGCUCGGCAUCAAGAACGAGAACACAGAAGAUCAAUACUCGAUGGUGGACGACGACGAAGAUCUUCCUCACCACGACGAGCGGUCCUGGAAGCUGGGCAACAUCAACCGACUACAGGCGGAGGCUCUCCUCCAGGGCAAGAGAGACGGAACAUUCCUGGUUCGAGACAGCAGCAAAGCGGGAUGCUACGCCUGCAGCGUUGUCGUGGACGGCGAGGUGAAGCACUGCGUCAUCAACAAGACCCCCUCAGGUUAUGGCUUCGCCGAGCCGUACAACCUGUACAGCUCACUAAAAGAACUCGUACUUCACUACCAGCACACGUCUUUGGUCCAGCACAAUGACUCUCUGAAUGUGACGCUAGCGUAUCCAGUCUAUGCCCAGCAGAGACGGUGAGGACCCGGAUUUUACUCCCCCCUACCAAACACCACAUGGACACAAGAAAAAGGCCUCACGGGAGCUGGAGAUAACGAGAUAACGUCGCCAGACUCCAAAUAAAAAAUUAAAGAGAGAGAAAAGGAGGCUUUGUUUGCCGAACUCAGAGGACAAAUAAUAAAAAGAGAGACACAAUGAAGCCUGAAACAUUUCAGUGACUUUGCCCGACCACGAGCCCAGAGGCGAGUCUGAAUGUAGAUUUCUUCUUUUUGUUGUUGCUUUUUUUUCGUGGGAGCACAGAAUCAAGCGGGAAAACUGCUGAACUCUCCCCGGAGCAGAGGACAUUUUGAGGCCUUUUCCUAAUGGUGCUUGUUCUUUUUUUUUUUCAAAGCUUUACCAGCCGGGAAUGUCUGAGCGCAGAUAGAAAAACAAACAGAACUGAACCCACCGGCCACAACUUUAGUUUUUCUUUUUCCACUUUUGUUUCCUUUCAUGUCAUCUAAGCGUGUGUGUGUGUUUCUGCACAAGUGUUUCAGUGUAUGUGAGUGUGUGUGUGUUUGAUUGUCCAUGUGACCAAAACUCAUAGAAUCAGGAAACUGUGUGACGUUUGUCGUCGUUGUCGGAGGAGGAGGGGAAGCUGUGUAACACAUUUGCUUGUGUUAACUGUCGAGUAGCAGACCGCGGGGUCAGCUGAUUAAAUGUAGCAAAAUGGCACUUUUGAAAAAAAAAAAACAAAGUUUAAUUUUUUUUGUUUUAUUUUUAAAAAAGACUCCUAUGGAUUUUUUAUUUUUAUUUUUUUUAAAGAAGAGCGGCCUUCAACGCUGCCUUCUUUUUACUGUCGAGCAUUAUAGCGCAGAAGUAAACUUGAUCUUUUAACUGUGUGGGCGGGCGAAACUAUGAAUGGACUGAACUAUUUCAUGUACAUAUGUGAAAAUGUGCAAAAGUCAUGAAUCGAGAAAAGAAAAAAAAAAAGUGCACCAUACCAAAAAGGAUCAGUUCCUGUUUUCAGUUCAUAUUCUUGAUCUGCUAUGCAAUUCUUUCUCCAUUACUUCUUCAGAAUUGUGUUUUUAUUCUGUUGCGAACCCACGAUAUAAGCUUGUUUUUAUUGCUUGAAAAGUAUCUUUUCCUGUGUAAAUAUCCAAGAGGAUAUUUUGUGUCAAAAUGCCGAUACAGUAACAGAAAAACUGCUUUUUUUUUUUUUUUUUUUUAAGAAAAUAUAAUAAUAGCAACAUACACUUUAUUAUAAAUUACUUUAACAACUGGUAUAAAGAUGGAAAAGAUGAGUAUAUUAUUUUUGUUUCCUCUCUCUCUCGCUUCAAACUAAUGUUCUUCUCAGGCAGAGCCUUUUUGAGUGUUUGAGCUGCUUCAGUCACAAAGUACUAUUUCUUACAGAGUUAGAAAAAAACGUGGAUGAUGGCAUCGUACAACCCUUAUAUAUAAAUAUAAAUAUAUAUAUAUAUCGACCAUCACCGUAGAAAUAAUAAAAAAACAAAAAACAGGACAGUAUAGAUUUAUUUUGUUAUAAAAUAUAUGUUCCCACAUGAGAAUAUAUCAACGCAGACUGGUGUUUUUUCAGCCGAUGGAUAUUGUUAUUAAAGAUCGAUACACAUUGUCCACUUUAGUAUUUUUCUGUAUCAGAAAAUCACUGUGUUUACAUAGGUGGAUCAGCUCAUUUCAGAUCUGUCUGUAAUUUCAUAAUUUUCAAAAAAAAAACAACAAAAAAAAACGGACAAACACGUGCCAGUUGACAGAAAUAUUCAGCCACAGCUCGACUUACUGUUUUAUUUUUAUUUUGUUUGUUUCCCCCUCGUCCAUCUUUUAAUCUUUUAGCUUCAAAAAACGAUUGGUACACGCUUAAAACUCGGAGUGGCGUCCGUUAGCCGCGACUAAACGACGUGAAGAAAUCACUAAAAUAUCACGACCUGCUGUUAAAUUAUUUCCAUGCGGUACUCUUAUUCCCACCAAAAAAUAUAUAUAUACACUCAUGAUCAGCGCGCGGCUGUGAAGUUGAAAAGUUUUAACGUCUUUGUAACAGAUUAGUUGUAAAAAAUAAAUAAAUAAAUAACCCAAUGACGUUUUGAUCAUCGCUUCCACUUUCACGUCAGAUUCCUCCAUCAUGCUUAUAAACAGACUUACAGCAGCAGUUACACACUCUGUUGUGUGAAAUACGACCACGGAAGGUAAAAUUUUAAUUUAAUUAUUAGUCCCUCACGGAUGAUCUGUCGUACGAGUUCCCGUACACGCAACUGAAAAUGUAAAAUAAAGUGUUUUUAGAUGUAUUUGACCAGAUUACUCAUCCAAGAUUUAAAUUUUUUUUUAGCAUACUGAUAGUAAAUGUCAUUUAUUCUAGAUUUUAUUGGUUCUUUCCAAGCCGUUAACAGAUGUUAUGGAUUCUAGAUCUGACAUUUAUUUUUACUAGAGGAAGUCUAGAUUUUAUUUACCUCCCCCACAGCUGCUGGCAUGAACUUUUUGUUUCUUAUUGUCAAAUUUUUAUUUUAUUUUAUAGUUCUUGGACGACAUGCACCAUUAUUUUCUUGGCCCAGAUUCUGGGUUGUACGAUUAUUUUUAGGUGUCUUUUUAUUUUUUUUAUUUUGAAGCUCAUCUUUUUUGUGGGUGUCCCCUCAGACAUGAUGAUUGGAUUGAGAUUUACCAGUGUUCCCCAGUUUUGCUUCAAAAU